GAAAGUCUAAUUCUGAUGAUAAUUUUAUGAUUAUAAUUUCUCAAUCAAGUGAAUCUAUCUUUAGAGAUGCCUUGGUCAAAUGGAUUGCGACUAAUAAUCUUCUAUUUACCACAGUCAAAUCAGAAAGCUUUCAUAAGAUUAUUGAAAUAAUUAAAAAAUUAAAUGGUGAUGUUACAGUUCUUUCUGCCAAAACAGUCAAACAUGAUUUAUUAAAUAAAUACUCAGCUCUUUAA